AUGGCACCAAAAACUAUUGUCAUUCUUGGUGGCUCCUACGGCGGAAUCAGCACUGCCCACAGACUAUUUAAGCAAGCUGCGAAAACUGGUGACAUAAAGAUUAUACUAGUUUCGCCGUCUACCCACGUUUUUUGGAACAUGGCAACGCCUAGAGGCAUCAUACCAGGUCAAUUUCCAGACGAGAAGCUAUUCCAGCCAUUCCUGCCCGGGUUCAAGCAAUACGGAGCCAACUUUGAGUUCAUCCAAGGGACCGCCGAGAAGCUUGAUAUCGCCACCAAAACAGUCGCUGUAUCAUCCGGUGGUGUGGAGAAGACCAUCAAGUACGACGAGUUGAUCUUAGCUACGGGUUCCAAUACCAAGGGAGAUGUACCUUGGAAAGGACGGGGCAGUUAUGAAGCUACCCGCGAUGCUCUGCACAGCUUCCAAGAAAAGGUGAAGGCGGCCAGUUCGAUUGUCGUUGGUGGUGCUGGAGCAACCGGUGUAGAGACAGCAGGAGAAUUGGGUUUCGAGUAUGGAAAGGUCAAGAAGAUCACCUUGAUCUCCAGUGGCGCAACGGUCCUUGAAGGCACACCAGCAAGCGUCUCCACAGCAGCUUCAAAGCAACUCCAGUCUCUGAACGUCGAAAUCCGCGCCUCCACGAAGGUGGAUGGUCACGCCGCGACACCAGACGGCAAGACCGAACUGACUCUCUCAAAUGGGGAAAAGAUCAUCACUGAUCUCUACCUACCAUCAGCAGGUCUUGUACCAAACUCCUCUUAUGUUCCCCAAUCUCUGCUCGACCAGAGCGGAUUCGUGGUCGUCGAUGAAUUUUUACGAGUGAAAGGCACAAAGGACGUCUGGGCUGUUGGUGAUGUCUCGGGUGUGCAAAGAGCGCAGUUCGUGCUCACAGACAAUCAAUCUAAACAUGUUGUGAAGAACAUUGGGUUGGGGCACCUGUCGAAGCCGUUGGUUCCUUACAAGGUUGAUGGCAAGAUGUUACUUGCUGUUCCCAUCGGCCGCAAGGGCGGUACUGGACAUAUGGGAAACAUGAAGUUCCCCUCGUUCGUGGUUAAGAUGGUGAAGGGGAAGACAUACUUCACGCAGAACCUGGCUCCUAUGGCCAGCGGGACUGCGUUCAAGUAG